CUAGUCCAGCAUUAUAUACAACGCUGAGAAGAAAUAAAGAGAAAUAAUACAGACAAUAUAGAAUAACUAAUUCUCAUAUUACGGAUAAAAAUAUUACAGUCUUGUGUAUUAAUUGGCAGAAAUAAUACAAUUAUGAGCGCACCAGCAAUUGGGAUCGAUCUUGGAACCACAUACUCCUGUGUUGGGGUAUUCCAGCAUGGGAAGGUGGAGAUAAUAGCGAACGACCAGGGUAAUAGGACCACGCCGAGCUAUGUUGCAUUUACAGACUCCGAGAGACUUAUCGGUGACGCAGCAAAGAACCAAGCGGCAAUGAACCCAACAAAUACAAUUUUCGACGCUAAACGACUGAUAGGUCGCAAAUUCGAUGACCAGGGCGUUCAAAGUGACUCAAAGCACUGGCCGUUCAAAAUCGUCAAUGAUGGAGGCAAGCCUAAAAUCCAGGCUGAAUACAAAGGCGAAAAUAAGAUGUUCGCGCCUGAGGAGAUAAGCUCAAUGGUGCUCACUAAAAUGAAAGAAACUGCAGAAGCAUAUCUCGGUCAAAAGGUUACGAAUGCAGUUGUGACUGUGCCAGCCUAUUUCAACGAUGCCCAGAGACUUGCAACAAAAGAUGCCGGGGCUAUUGCUGGACUUAAUGUCAUGAGAAUAAUUAACGAGCCUACGGCAGCGGCAUUAGCUUAUGGACUUGAUAAGAACUUAAAAGAUGAAAAGAAUGUGUUGAUAUUUGACCUCGGAGGUGGAACCUUUGAUGUUUCAAUUCUGACUAUUGACGAGGGGUCAAUAUUCGAAGUUAAAUCAACAGCGGGAGAUACUCACUUGGGCGGUGAAGAUUUCGAUAACAGAAUGGUCAACCACUUUGUCGAGGAGUUCAAACGUAAACAUAAGAAGGAUAUGGGCAAAAACUCUCGAAGUUUGCGCAGAUUGAGAACAGCAUGCGAGAGAGCAAAGAGGACGCUGUCAAGCAGUGCCGAGGCAAACAUCGAAAUCGACUCUUUGUUUGAGGGCAUUGACUUUUAUACAAAAAUUACAAGAGCUAGAUUCGAAGAACUUUGUUCAGAUUUGUUCAGAGCCACGAUGGAACCAGUAGAGAAAGCGCUUCGGGACGCCAAGCUCGACAAAUCUAGGAUUGAUGAAGUUGUUCUCGUUGGAGGAUCUACAAGAAUUCCAAAGAUUCAAAAACUGUUGCAAGAUUUCAUGAAUGGUAAGGAACUGAACAAAUCUAUAAAUCCUGAUGAAGCUGUGGCAUACGGUGCCGCCGUCCAGGCAGCUAUAUUAUCUGGCGAUACUUCAGAAGCUAUCAAAGAUGUUCUCCUGGUUGAUGUUGCUCCUCUUUCGCUUGGAAUCGAAACAGCUGGUGGGGUCAUGACAAAAAUAAUUGAACGCAAUACCAAGAUUCCAACAAAAGCAUCUCAAACAUUUACGACAUACUCGGAUAACCAACCGGCUGUCAGUAUCCAGGUAUUCGAAGGCGAAAGAGCGAUGACAAAGGGCAACAACUUGCUGGGACGUUUUGAUCUUACAGGAAUUCCACCUGCACCUCGUGGGGUACCUCAAAUUGAGGUUACCUUUGACAUUGACGCUAACGGAACAUUGAACGUUUCAGCACAAGACAAAAGUAACAACAAGAUUAACAAAAUUACCAUUAAGAAUGAAAGAGGUCGUUUAUCAAAGGAGGACAUUGAUAGAAUGGUAAAUGAAGCAGAACAGUAUCGGGAGGAAGAUGAAAAACAAAGACAAAGGAUUGACGCUAGAAACAAACUUGAAGUAUACGUGUAUAGCGUAAAGCAAUCGAUAUCAGACGCAGCAGACGAUAAAUUAUCGUCUGAAGAUAAAGAAACAGCUAAAAAUGUGUGUGACGAAUGUGUCAAAUGGUUGGACUCGAACACAACAGCCGAAAAAGACGAAUUUGAGUUUAAACUGGAGGAAGUACAGAAAAAAUUGUCACCGAUCAUGGUAAAACUUCACGGAGGGAGAAAUCAAGGGAAUAGUCAACAAUACGGGUCAUCACAAAGCGCUGGAUCUGGGCCAACAGUUGAAGAAAUGGACUAAUUAAAUUAAGUUAAAGGUAUAAAAUAACUGUAAAUAGGAAAUUAUAUAAAAAUAUACGACUUACGGACAAUUUAUUUGCUUUUGCAAAUUAUAUUGAUCUCAUUGAGUUAUUGUAUGUAAUUUGUACAUAUGCAGGAACUUGUUUAUAAAUUGCAAUAUGUUAAAUGAAUCUUAAUACAUUUUACAAUGUACAUAAGUUGAAACUUUUCAAUAAACUGUAUUUAAUUCUACAAAUGUUAAAAAUGUUAAUUUUUCAUGAAAUUCAUUAAUUCGUUAUAUUAUGCAUUAUCUUGUUUCUCAAAAAAUGUAAAAUGUGUUCAUUUGAAUCUGUUUU